CCGGCGUAGUGGGCAGGCGGUGGCAGGCGCGUGUGCGGCGCUGCGGCAAUCGAGUCGGUUCCCUUUCCUGACGCUGGGUAAAGGGAUCUGGGCAGUACUGGGUUCCAGACCUGUCGGGCCCACACUGUGACCUCCCAUCCGGAGAAAUCCGGAAACGGGGUGCAGCGCAAUGUUAGAGCCCUGCCCAGCCUGAGGACUGCCCUUGCAUCAGUAUCCAGGUUUUUUUUAAAGAUUAUUUUUAAUUUUAAGACUUUUAAGUGUAGGAAUACAUAGUGCGUGCGUGUAUUGCCCGAGGAGGCCAGAAGGCGGUCAGGUCUCCUGACAAUGGAGUUAUAAACUGUUUGUGGGCCACCAUGUGGAUUCUGGGAAUCGAACCAGCGUCCUAUGCAAGAGAGCAGUAGGGUCUCACUGUGUAAACCAUGCUGGCCCAGAAAUCUCCAUGUACACCAGGCUGGCCCAGAAAUCUCUUUGUAUAGCAGGCUGGUUCACAAAGACAACCUCUCUUCCUCAGUUCUGGAAUUAAAGGUCAGACAACAUUAGUUUUGAGUAAGCGGUGUUGGGAAUGCCCUGGGAAGCUGAUUAUGGGCACUGAAGGUAAAGCCUGCGAGACAGACACAGUGAGAGUUGAGGUUUGGAGGUAGCGGUGAGAUCCAUAUGUUAAGCUUCUGCUUGAUGCUAUGAAACACUCAGGUUGUGCUGUGAACAGAGAGAGACACUUUUCCUGCGAAGCCUGUGAUGGAAAUGUCAGUGGAGGUUUUGAUGCGACAACGUCUCAGAUUGUUUUGUGCCAGAAUAAUAUCCGAAACCAGGCUCACAUGAGCAGGGUGGUCACCCAUGAGCUCAUCCACGCAUUUGAUCACUGCCGGGCGCAUGUCCACUGGUUCACCAAUGUCAGACAUUUGGCAUGCUCAGAGAUCCGAGCGGCAAGCCUCAGUGGAGACUGUUCGCUUAUGAAUGAAAUCCUCAGGUUUCGAUUUGGAUUGAAACAACACCAUCAGACUUGCGUGCGGGACAGAGCUGUUCUUUCUAUCUUGGCUGUUCGGAACAUCAGCAGAGAAGAGGCCCAGAAAGCUGUGGAUGAGGUCUUCGAGUCGUGUUUCAAUGACCAUGAGCCUUUCGGCCGGAUCCCACAUAACAUGACGUAUGCCAGAUAUGCUCACAGGGACUUUCAGGACCGUGAUCGCUAUUACGAAAACAUAUGAAGAUGGGCCACUGUGUUCCUGAGCAUGUGGGGAAGAUGCUCAGGAUGUGUGAAGUGUAAAUAAUCAGUUAGGCUCUGCAGAUAACAGGCAGAAGGUGCUCAUGUUAGUGGUUGAUUACAAAAAACAAAGAGGCAGAAAGGAACUCCUUAAACUGCAAGGCAGUUUAUAGCUAAUCAUUUAGUAAGUAAAUAAGGUAAAUAAAUGACAUUUUUGUAUUAUUUUUUAA